AUGGGGACCAAUCAAUUCCCGUCUCCAUUUAAGAUCAAGCCAAUCUACCUGGUAGAUUCAUCAGAUAAAGAAAUAUCGAAAAACCCAUCAAGGCUUGGGAAUUCAAGUUUUGCUAAUUCAACAACUAUCAAUAUUCAUCAUUCACUCGUUGAACCUACACAUGAAGAAGAAACAAAUGAAGUAAUUGAUUGGAUAGAUAGUUUGAAAGAAAGAUAUAAGUCAUUGAUGAUUUCUAAUGAACAAGAGGAAUUGAAGAUGAUGAAGGAGAGGAAUCAAGAAAAUUUGAGACAAGUUUAUCAAAUGAAGAGUUUUGACGAGGAUUUUGAAAAGUUGGGAAAAAUGAUUCAACAUCAGGAUCAAGAAAGAAAGACAUCAAUUGAGAAUGAUAGAAUCCAUAUGCAUGAAGAUUCAUCAGUUUCCGAACAAGAAGAGGGGGAAUCAGAAGAAGUAGAAGAUGAUGACGACGAAGAAAAUGUCGAAGAAGAGGAUGAUGGUGUUAUUGAAAUUUUAUCGUCCGAGCCUGAAGAAGAGCAUCAGCAUGUAGAACAGCAUCAAUAUGACCAUGAGCAACAUUCACUCGGUGUGCACUUCAAUCAUAUCUCCCAAUUUGAUCAAUAUCAUUCAAUGGAACCUGCUCAUCAUCAUGGACAGUACUAUGAACAAUACGAGGAUCACUAUGAGGACGAAGAGCAAGACGAGCAAGAAGAGGAGGAAGAGGUUGACGAAGAGGAUGUAGGUGAAGAAGACGAAGAAGAGGAGGAAGAGGUUGACGAAGAGGAUGUAGGUGAAGAAGACGAAGAAGAGGAGGAAGAGGUUGACGAAGAGGAUGUAGGUGAAGAAGACGAAGAAGAGGAGGAAGAGGUUGACGAAGAGGAUGUAGGUGAAGAAGACGAAGAAGAGGAGGAAGAGGUUGACGAAGAGGAUGUAGGUGAAGAAGACGAAGAAGAGGAAGAGGACUACGAAAACGAGCACAUAGACCACAUACCUCCACACCGCAUGGAAGAAGAAUAUGAACAAUCAAAUAUUGAUCCAUACUUACAUCCCCAAGGAAUAGAACAUCCGCAACAGUUUAUGGGAUAUCACGUACCUACAACUUCACAUCAGAUUGUCAAUGGGAGACCUAGACUUUCAGACAGACCACCAGUACAUCCAUCAAUGUAUCAUGAAACAGCUUUUGCGGAGGAGGAAGAUGAGGAAGCAGAAGAAGAAGAAGCCGAGGAAGAAGAAGAUCUUUUUGGGUCUCAAGCUGAAGAAUCUGAGGAAGAAGAGGAAUCCGACCAGGAGAAUGACUUCUUUGCACAGCAUUUAGAAAAUAAAGGUCAGCAAGAGAAUGACGAGGUUAUAGAACUCGGUUCAGACGAAGAGUCAGAGACAAAGGCUUCAGACGACGACGAAGAUAUAGGAGCGUCCGAGGAAGUUGGAACAUCUGAACUAGAAUCAGAGUCAGAAUCCGAAUCCGAAUCCGAAUCAGAAGAGUCGGAAAAAUCACAAGAAGAAUCAGAGGAAGAGUCAGGCAAUGAAGGAUCAGAAGAAUCAGAGCAACUAGAAGUCGAAGGUAGACAACAACUUAAGUCAGAACUAGAAUCAGAAAUAGAACCGGAAUAUCUUGAGAAUCUAGCAUCGCAAUCAUUAAUGAGUUAUCUGUUACAUCCAGCUCUACGUCGUGAAUCAACAGAUGCACCACAUAGUGCCUUCUUUAAUGCACCAACGGCACCAUUCCACAUGCAACAUGGACAUAAGGCACACCAAAUGGUUUCUGGAUAUACAGCAGAUGCAGAACUUACUGAUACUUUUACAGGCUACAUGAUACCAAGCCAGGAAGAAUCAGAGGAUGAACCAUCAACUCGCCAUGUCAAAGCUGAAAAUAUGGCACCUGUACCCAAUGCUUUUUUUGUUGAAGAGUUCGCAGAUGAAGCCGCCAACGAGUCGAUACAGAUGAAAGAUGCCGAUGAAAAUAGGUCAGACGCAUCUUUGGCUGAUGAAAGUCAAUUUGAAACCAAUUUAGGUUUCCCAAGGUCAAUGGCGUCAUCUCCACCGGUAGAAGAAGAACAAGAUGAGAUCGAAGAGGUUUCAUCAGAUGAUGGUCCACCUUUGCCUAUCUUCAGAACCGUUGAAGAAGAAGAUCCGGAAGUAGUUUUGCAACAACUAAAGGAAACUGAAAAAGCACAUCAUGUUAAGUUAAGUUCUAUUUCAGAUUUAGAGAAUCAAUUAAGUAUAAUAUCUUCGUCAAGGGUAGGAUCGACUGGGCCAGAGAAUAACAAAAUACACGAAGAAGGAGAUGAGGAUGUAGAUGAAGGUGCAUUGGAAGAGAUAGCUCACGAAGAACAUAAAGAACUAGGUGAAGAGCAUCCAGAAGUUGAGCCCGCUGUUGAAGUUGAAAAAGCAGAACCAGAACUCGUUGAAACUGAACCAAUUGAGAAGAAAGACGUGCAAGAUGAAGAUGCCAUGGAAGAAGAUGAAACUUCAGUAGCUUUCCACGAGACAGUCGAGCAACAGAGUACACAAGAUCAGCCCAACAUGGUAGCUGAAGUAAUAGAAGGCGUCGAAGAACAAAACCAACUCGAGCAGACCGAAGAAGGUAAAAAUGCAUUUGAAAAUGUAAAGGAAGUAGAUAUGCUUGAAGCAAAAGUCAAUGUAUUAUCCGAAAAUGUUGAGCACGAACUAGACAUACAUGAGCAGGUCAAAUCUAAAGAAGAAAUUUGUGAUAAUAUACCCGAAGUGGAUGAAACUGCAGAAGACAAGAGGAUAGAUGAACAUUCCCAACAAGAAAACGAAGUGAUAGGAGAUACCUUAGCACAAGAAGAAGUAAUGGUAGAUAAAGAAGAAGCCCAUCGGUAUCCAAGCACCGUCGGUCCAGAAUUAUAUCCCGACGAAGAAGAGAAUAUUGAAGAACCUCAACAGACCGUUGACAGUGAAAGUGAAGAAGAGGAGUCCGCUGAAUCAGACGACGAGAAUCUAUCCAUUAUUAGUACCCCGAUCAUCAGGGAUCAUGGAACUAGUGAUGCAACGAACGAGAAUAAGGAAACAGGCGAAAGCAUCGACGACGAAGAAGAAGAUGAAGAAGCAGAAGACGAAGAAAGCGAAGAGGAAGAUGCUGCAGUUGACCUGGAAGAUGAAAAUUUAACCGUCAUUCACACCCCUCUUGUCGAGCCACAUUCCGCAGAAGUUAGUCCUGAAGUUUCUGAAAACGUGGUGACCGAAGUUUGUAGGGAUAAUUCUCCUGUCAUUGAAACCCCAGAACCAGAAAAUGAGAACUUAACUGUCAUUGAAACACCAAUGAUUAAAUCCUCAAAGGUCGAAACACCAGAGCUAGAAGUCGAAAACCUAACAGUGGCUGAAACACCAGAACCAGAAGAUGAAAACAUAACUGUGAUUGAAACACCAGUUAUGAGAUUCUCAAAGAUUGAAGCACCAGUACCCGAGGUUGAAAACUUAACCGUGAUUGAAACUCCAGAACCUGAAGACGAAAACUUAACUGUCAUUGAAACCCCAGUUAUGAAAUCCUCCAGGAUUGAAAAGUCAGAGCCAGAAGCAACUAACCGAGCCGUCAUUGAAACACCAGAGCCAGAAGACGAAAACUUAACUGUGAUUGAAACCCCAAUGAUUAAAUCUUCAAAGAUUGAAAAACCAGAGCCAGAAGUUACAGACAUAGCAGUGAUCGAAACACCAGAACCAGAAGAUGAAAACUUACCUGUAAUCGAAACACCAGUUAUCAAAUCCUCAACUUCCGAGGAGUCUGUUCCGGAACCCAUGGAACAUUCUAAAGAAGGCGACAAAAUAGAAGAAGAGCAUAUGAAUCUAGAAGUGGAGGAUUAUGAAGUACCUACUAGUGAAUCUAUCAACAGACCAGAAUUGACGUCAAUUGGGGAUGAGCUCUAUAUGUCAGAUAAUGAAGAACCGGAGGAUGAAGAUAUUGAGAUGUCUGAGUUCGAGAACGAAAAUGGAAGCGCAGAGUCCAUUCCAGAAAUAGAGAUGGAUGCUUCCAUUACUGAAAAAGAAGAAGUUGAGACUGUGGAAGAAAACCAAACUGCAGUUGCAUAUUUGCCUUCUCUUGUUCUGCAAGCUACGGACAAUCUUGAUAUUCAAGAGGCUGCUCAAUUUUCAGAAGAACCAUUAUCUAGUAUAGAACAAGAAGAAAGUGAGCCGGAAAUAGUAGAUCAAGAAGAGGUAGAUGACAAAUUGCACCAGGCAGACAAGGCAGAGUCAAUCGAGCAGCGAAUGGUGGAACAGAAGGAAGUGGAGGAAGAACCAUCAAUUGAAGACCAAAUACUGGAGCUGGAAGAAGUUACCAAUAAGGUCAACAAAUAUGAAUUAGUUAGAAUCGAUUCAAUAGACGAGGAGGAAUUAAUUGAAGACGUAGACGCUGAAGAUAAAUCCAAGGAAGUGGAGUCAAAUGAAAACAAGGAAUUCCAAGAAACAAGUAUACAGGUUGAAAGGAAUGAAGCUGAAGAAGAAGUUGAACAGGAUGGGGAGUCGAAGCAUGCAGAUGGGGAAGAUACUCAAUUAGUACAACAAGCAAUCCAACUUCCAGCAUUUGAGCAAGAAGAAGUCAACGAAGAAGUUAUCGUAAAACCUGAAAUAGAUGCAAUAUCUGAUGAAUUAGACACUAGUAUGGAAGAUGAAACGACGAUUAGCGAAAACAAUGAAGUUAUAGAUGAGCCAAUUUUGAAAGCGGAGGAGUCUAAUGAAAUAAAAACAGAGACUAAGGAUGACACCGAGUUAUUCAUUGAAUCCAAGGUUGAGGAACAAGUUGAGAAAGUUUCUGAAGAUAAUGUGGAGCAUGAAGGAGACCUUCAACAAGAGGCUCUGAAUGAAGUCGAACCAGUUGCUCAAGUUGUCGUAGCUUCUGAGGAAGAAGCAUCAAAAAUGCAGCUGUCGGCCAACGAGGAGAGCUCAUCAAAGGAUGUUGAAAACGAAUCAGCUGCCUUGCCUACGGACAAUGUAGUUGAAGAGCCGAGUGUCGAUGAAAGCGAUUUUUCCACUGUUAUUCGUCAUGUAAUAAAGCCAGAACAAUUUGAGAUUAAGGAAAUACCAGAACGUGACUUAGUCAAGGAUCAUGAGACAACAUUUGAGGAAGUAUUAGAAGAUAUAACUCACACCGAGACUGGAUCAGUUGAAUCAUCACAAGUUGAAGAGGCCCUGGACCGGAAUAGAAAGCAUGGAUUAGAUGGGAUUAGUAGUUCACCGGUUAAGAGAAUAAAGAGAGCUGUUUCGAAUAUAGUACAUAGAUUUUCAAAUACGUUUUCAAGACCAGGUUCUGCUGAAGAAGAUGUUCAAGAAGGCUCCGAGCCUGCUGAAACCAGUGACAAUGUUGCAAACGUUUCUGAAGUAGAUGAACGUUCAGAAGAGUUGCAGCCACAGGAAGGUUCAGAUGAGAUUGACAAUGAAAGUACUGCUCCGCAAGAGAGAAUUGUGCAGUUGGUUUUAAGAGCACAUCGUAAGAGAAGAAAGGUCAGACAAGCGAUUGAUUUGGAUACCAAUCAAGUAAUAACGGUUCCACACGGGUUUCCAAGCUCCCAGUUUGAAAUAGAUACGAGUGAAGUAAAAGAAGCGACGCCACUGAGUUCGGAUGAUUUUACAAGACAAUUUCAAACGGACGAGGAGGAAGACAGAGGAGGAAUUGCUGAAAAAGAAGAAGUCAAAUCAGACGACGAAGACAGAGAAGGAUUUGCAGAUGAGCAAGAAGUCAAGUCAGAAGAGCAAUUGAUUGUAGAAGAACCAACUCCAGAAGUUAACCAGGAAGUUGAAUCCAAUGAGGAUGUUAUUACAGAAUCAAAUGCUAUUGUUAAGCAAGAAGGCAAUGUUGAUUUGAAAGAGGAAAAGGAAGAAGGCACUGUCGAUUUGAAAGAGGAAAAGGAAGAAAACGCUAUUGAUUUGAAAGAGGAAAAGGAAACUGGCGUUACAGAGUCUAAGGAAUCCAUAGAAAGUGAACCAACAAUCAAUUCCCCUGCAAAAGUAAAACUUGCAAUUCUGGAAAAUAAUGGAACUCCAUCAUUGAUAGUCAAAAUUCAACUGAAACAAAUACUCCCGAAGAUUAUUCCUACUUUGAACUUCAUGUCAGAAGGAGAAAAUGCUUUUGAUUACGACAAUAAGUCCGGUUUGGAAUCUGCAAGAAGGCCUCACAGUUUUGGAGAUUACAUACUUCCUACUGCAAAUAAAGGUAUUGAUUUUAGUGCAACUAUUGUUAAUCCAAAAUUAAGAAAGCCAAAGUAUCAUAGCAAGGUAGAAAGUGAGCCCAUUAGUUCCAAUAUUGAUUUACCAUUAAAGCAAAGAUUGAGACGUGUAUCCUCACAAGGCAACGAAUCAGUGAAACCACUCGUAGAGAAGAUCGCAGAGAAACCUCUCUCCGAACCACAAGCUCAAGAUAUUGACAUCGCAAAGGAAGCAGUUGAACCCAAAACUCCAGAGGAAAAAGAUGUGCAAGAAAAACCUGAAAUUCAUCAACCUCCAAGAAUAAGAAGAUUGUCAAUCAGAGCAUCAUUGGCCCAACCACCAGAAAAUGAAGCCAAGCAACAUCUUAAAGAAUUAUUAGAGACUUCUCAGAUAAUAGAACCACCAGCUUCAUCUCCACCACUGUCACCAAAUGCGAAACGUUAUUAUUCCGAUAUGUCUGAUGUUAGGGGUCCACCUGCAUUACGUACUCGUGCUAGAUCACCUAUCAAGACUCCACUUAUGCAAGUUUUAGAAGAUCAGGAUCGACAGCUUGAAGAAGUUAACAAAAGAAGAAAACUCCCUGGAGGAAGGAAAUCGCAUAGAACGAGGUCGGAACCAAUUCGAACUAAGGAGGAAGAGGAGAAGAUUAUUGCCGAGAGAGGAAGAUCAAGAGAUGUAGAAUAG